GUAAUUCAAACUGGUAGCUGCAGAUGGUUUGAGGUAAACCAGUCCCAUCCAGACUGAGCAGACACACACAGACCUCUGAUCCAGAUUCAUCCUGACUCAACACGAUCUGCAGUAAAGAUGCUGCUGCCUCUUUUCAUCAUCACUUUAUUACACAGUCCUGCCUGCCUGUCGGUGACAGUAAGCAGCAGUAAACCCAACGUGGAGGUCCACGAGCACACUGAUGCUGUUCUGUCCUGUGAAUUCAGGACAGAAAAAGACCAGAACCCUCGAAUAGAAUGGAAGAAGAAAGGAAAGGCUGUGACGUUUGUGUAUUUUGAUCACAAAUUUACUGGCUCUUACGUGGGACGGGCCAAGAUAGACGGCGCGACGCUGACCAUCCACGCCGUUACCCAGAAGGACUCGGGGGAGUAUCGAUGUGAGGUCACUGCCAGCGAAGACCACAUCACCCUGGGAGAAACCACCGUCACCCUCACUGUGCUUGUGCCUCCUCACAUCCCGUCGUGCGACGUUCCGAGCUCUGUGUUUGCAGGUUCCGAUUUGGAGCUUCUCUGUAAGGACAAGCUGAGCAUACCACCUGCCACCUACAGCUGGUACAAAGACAACAAGGCCCUGAGCGCCACAGCAGACUUGCCUUACAGCAUCGACAAACAGAAGGGCACACUCAAGUUUAAGAGUGUUUCUAAAGUGGAUGCUGGCAUGUACCGCUGUGAGUCCUCUAACAGUGUGGGGGCGCCAAAGAGCUGCGUGGCUCAACAGCUGAAAGUCAUCGACUAUCCGCUGAACAAGACCACACUGAUUGCUGGUUCUGUAGGUCUUGUCUUGUUUAUCUUCAUCUGCGGCCUCAGUGUGUGUGUCUGCCGACGUCGAGGCUACUGUAAGAAGGAAAAGAAAACAAAAAGUAUAAACUACUACAGUCCUCCUCCUCCACCUCCAUUUCCUGGUCUCAACCUAAAGAACUACAAACAAACUCAGUCGUUCAUGAUCUGAAGGAGAAGCGAUGAACUCUAAAGUGUACGCUUACUGUACUUGGACAACGCACUGGAAUGUUACUGUCAUGGCCGCUGACUUUCUGGCUAACAAAGGCAAAACAACAACAGGAAACUUCUUAAAUAGAUCUAUUGACUGUAUUGACCUACCCGAGUGUCGAGUGGAAGUAACUGCCCGCGUGCACCGUAGCAACCGCAGGCUGGUUGAAAACAAAAAAGCACCACUACGGCAGUUAUUUUAUAAUAAGCUAACAUUCAAAUCAAACAAUAGUGCAAAAA